CCAGGGAGCCCGCCGUGAAGCGAGGAGGAAGCGCAGCACAUACGGCCUGACAGAGGACGAGGAAGCCGCCGUCCACCUGCCGUAUUACCUCAUCGGCGGGCAGGGAGAAUUUACAGAAACCCUCGCUUGACUGUAAUCGUGUUUUUUUGUGUGAAUGAAUAACAAUGUUUAACGAAUAGGCAACAUGGAUUCUCGUGAGAGAGAUGAGCCGCUGAAGACGAACCUUUGAGUUGAAUCACAAAAAGCGAGACGAUCCUGAACGAAGAUCAGAGCUGUCCCAGUAUGGAGCUCAGCAAACUGGUGACUUUUUGGAUCGUGUGUAUGUGCUUCUUGUGGGAAUGUCAAGCGGACAAACCUUUUCAAGUUAGCACAGACUCCCAACAAGUGGACAACGAAGUGUCAGAGCUUUGCCGCAUUGAUAAAUCCCUAUGCCAAGAUGAGAACGCCAUCCUCAGUUUUGAGGCCAUCCGCAGCAUUCACAAGCAAAUGGACGAUGAUGCCAAUGGAAAUGUGGAUGUUUCAGAGACUGAUGGGUUUUUAAGAGAGGAUCUCAAUUACCAUGACCCUAAAGCCAAGCACAACAGUUUCCACGGCGAUGACCAGUUCAUCAGCGUGGAAGACCUCUGGAAUGCCUGGAAGAUUUCGGAAGUGUAUAACUGGACAGUGGAUGAAGUCGUGGAUUGGCUUAUUGGCUAUGUCGAAUUGCCACAAUAUGUAGAAGCCUUCCGCAAGAUGAAUUUCAAUGGUACCUCUAUGCCCCGUUUGGCUGUGAAGAACGGCACUCUGACACAGACAGUUCUGAAGAUUCUGGACAGGAGUCAUGUUCAGAAACUACAGCUCAAGGCUCUGGACACGGUUCUGUUUGGAGCUCCUAUGAUGAACAGACAUAACCAUCUGAAGGAUUUCAUGCUGGUCGUGUCUAUAGUCAUUGGUAUGGGAGGCUGCUGGUUUGCUUACAUCCAGAACCGGUACUCUAAAGACCACAUGAAGAAGAUGAUGAUAGACCUCGAGAGCCUCCAGAGAGCGGAGCAGAGCCUUCAUGACCUCCAGCAGAAACUUCAGAUCGCUCAGGAGGAACAUCGCUCUGUGGAGGUGGAGAAAGUGAACUUGGAGCAGAAGAUGAGGGACGAGAUCCAUGCCGCCAAACAGGAGGCCCAGAGACUAAAGGAGCUCCGCGAGGGAACAGUGAACGAGCUGAGCCGACAGAAAUAUGCAGAGGAGGAGCUUGAGCAGGUGCGUAUGGCCCUGAAGAAGGCAGAGAAGGAGCUGGAGUCUCGCAGCUGCUGGUGUCCUCCUGAUGCUCUGCAGAAAUGGCUGCAGCUCACACAUGAGGUGGAGGUACAGUACUACAACAUUAAGAAGCAGAACGCUGAGAGACAGCUGCAGGUGGCCAAAGAUGGGGCUGAAAAGAUCAAGAAGAAGAGAAAUACUUUGUUUGGGACGUUCCAAGUGGCACACAGCUCUUCACUGGAUGACGUAGACACCAAAAUUCUUGCAGCUAAGCAAGCACUGGGUGAGGUCACAGCAGCUUUGAGAGAGAGACUCCACCGCUGGCAGCAGAUUGAGAUUUUGACAGGCUUCAACCUGGUCAAUAACCCUGGCCUGCCCUCUUUGGCCUCCGCCCUCAACUUGGACCCCAGCUUCAUGGGCGGCCGCGGCACACCCCAGCACUUCAUGUCCGACGACAUGGAUGACAUGGAUGAGGACAUAGUGGCACCUGGAACCCUGCAAUAUGCUGCCUGGCUUGUGGGCCGUCGAGCGAGUGAUGUUUGGUCUUUGAAUUCAGACUGCCAGUCAUUUUGGAAGUACUCUGCUCCCAGUAUGAUGUCACUCCGCCAACGCCACAUCGACCCACAGCUGGCCCUGGGCUCGCAGAGGUUGGUAGAGACCUGUCUUUUGACUGGUGGGCAAGAAGGAGAGGGUAGUUCGUACCCAUCCUGGUCUAGGGGAACUCUACGUCAGACGCAUAGCCAAUCGCUGCCUCCGCUUUCCUCGGCCGUGUCGCAUUCCUCCAUCUACUCUGCCUCCUCAUCCCACUCUCCCCACUCCUCCUAUUUUGUUCCCAUCCCUCAUGCAACCCACUAUCACUCUUCAUAUUUCCAGCCCAUGGACACCAUCCCAGACCUUCCGUCCAAUGCCAGCCCCAGCUAUGGAGACCUGAACCGCUCCGACUCUGAUUCUUCCUUAUGUAUAUCCCAGACUGGCGAGCAGCUGCGCCUGUGCUACAGCUCUAAAGGCUUACCUAUAAAGCCUACCUCCCUUCUACAUGGCCCCCUCUCGCGCUCUGAGGAGGGUGCCCCCUCCCACUCACACACUCCCAAUGGAGGCAACCGUGUCGCAGACGGGAGCGCCUCUCCCGAUGGAGGCUCCGAUAGUCCAAUUUUAAUGAAGAAGGUGUACAGCAAUGAGAAAUCUGCCAGCAUGAGCGAGAUCCACGGCUCGCAGGUGGUGAUGUCCAUGUCAGAAUCCUCACGUUCCCUAAGCCCCAACUCCACUGACCCCGACUCUCCAUCCCCCACUGGACUGACUGGGGGCAAGGCAGGAAGCCGCAUCCCUCAGAUAGCCUCGAAAAAGAGCCCCCUAGAGGAGGACAGUGGUUCUACAGGUGAAGAUACUGACUCUGCUGCCAGUCGCAAGAAACACACCUUCAAGAUCUUCAAGAAACAAAAGAAAUGAGAACCUGUGCUAUUGUUUUAUUUUUUCCUCUUUUCUUUUUAUUGUAUUGUUACAAUCAAUGUUUUGAUUCUCCCCUUCCUUCCCAUCCCCAUCACCCCUGGUGUGAAAUUGGCACAACGGAAUUCCUUUUCAAGCUCUGUGUAGAAACAUUUUGUCUUUUCAGAAGAACUUUAGGAACAAAAGCAUGGUUUUUAGGUGUGGGUGGGAAUGGAUCACCAGUGGAAACCUGUUGGACUUUUUGGGAAUGUGACACAUUAUUUAUUCAGCAGGAGACAGUGCCAGACUUGCAAAGCAUUCUUCCACAUGAUGGACUAUUCUUUCCUUGUAUAAUCUGUAUCAGUUUGCAUGUCUUCGCCUUUGUUUGAUUGCACUUUGAAUGCUCCUAUAUGUUUGCUUGGCUCUUUCUCCAUUUUUCUUAAACACAAAAUAUCCUGGUUCUUUUGUUUCAACAAGCACACUGUAUCUUUUGUCUUUCAAGUUAAAACAAAUCAUCAACUGGAUAUUUAAUGGUAUGCUUCUUUCACCAUUUAUGGACACUGAACUGUAAAAGGGCUGAAAUAUCAUUUUAAACUGCCCUCAAAUAUGUUGCACUAUUUCUGAAUGUUGAUGUGUUGGUUUUGUAAAGAAAAAAAUAAUUGAGAACAUGCUGGAAACACAAACAUGUUUACGCAAAUCGAGACACUGAAAGUAUCUCUAAGGCUUCAGGGAUUCCUGGGAUGUGGCGUAAUUAAGCAAUUACAAAUUUUGUGUAGAUCAUUCCAAAACUUUCAGACAAAACAAGGUGGUUUAUGAAUAUUAACAUGAAGGUUUUCCGUGGCCUCAUUCCUUGACUGUUUUUGUUGACAUCAGAUAUAGAGACCCCAUCAAAAUGCACCCUUUCUUUUUUUUGAUAUUAUAAAAGAUAAAUAAUUACAGCUUCAAGAGAUCUUAAGAAAAUAUUGUCAGCUUUAUCUAAAGUGCCAAAUCGAAGCCUCUAUACAUAAAAUGUAUUCACUUCCCGAAGUUCAAAUUUCUGCUUGGUAAGACCACAAAUAUGAGUCUUUGAUGUAAUUUAAUUGGCUUAAUAUGAAUGAUUGAAAAGAUGCAUAGAAUUAAAAUGUUUUUAAAAGAGUGCAUUGAUGCUCUGCUUUGAAUUUGACAAUAUAAGGCAGUUGUUUUGACCUGCAUAAAAUGUAAUCCUUGUUUUGGGGUGCUGAUUUAUGUUGAAAGCAGGCUAGGCCACACAAAAUUGCUGUCAUAAUGAAGUGACGUUUUAAGUGCUUUUAAGUGGUCCGAUGUUUAGGCAGAUGAGUUUUACCACAGUGCAUUUUCAGAGAUUGGAGACCAGUUUCUGUUCUUAUGGUUUAUGUAAUGAUCUCAAAGAUAAAUGCCAUCUUUAUCCAAUAGCACUAAAAUGUACAAGCACACUUUCCAUUAAUAGAGAAAAGGGGGUUAAAAACUUAUUAGGUUUACUGUAGUUCGGCAUUAAAGGAAUAGUUCACCCACAAAUGUCAAUAUACUCUGCUUCAUGUCAUUUAAUGAAGCAUAUUCCUGCUGCUCUUUUCCAUAAAAUGGAGGUGAAUGAGGACUGUGGCUGGCGAUCUCCAAAUUGAUUGGAUUAUUGGCUCUGUUGUAUUCGAUAACCGGAUCGGACAUUGCUACUGUCAUGAAUGUGUCAAAGAGAGCUAGGGCAUUUCCAGUUGAAUUAUUUCCAAUGAAUACAAAUUUACAUUUUGGUCUGUUUACCACACAAAUACUAUCGUAAGAUUUGGAAUAUAGUGCACGAGUUGUAUAGAUCACUUUCAUUAUAAUUUUUUGGUGAAUUCAAAAAUUCACCUUUUGUGUUCCACUGAUAAAAGUUUUACAUGUUUGGAAUGACAUGAAGGUGAAUAAACCACUGAACUAUUCCUUGAACUAUUCCUUUAAUUCAUUAACUUUGUUUCAACCCCCGGGUUUUAAAAUCCACUAACCUGGAGGCAAACCAAUGCAGUGCUGCACGAAACAUGAUUCUCUGUUAAUUAUUUUGUAAAAGAUGGUAAAAGUCCACAUUCAAAUGCAUAUUAACCAAUCAGUCUUUACCGGGAACGAACUGUUGGUCAUAUGUAUUUGUUUCAUCUGUGCCUCUUUUGCACGAAGAAGCUCUUUUGUCAGUGUUGCCCGUGUGUCGGUCCGGUCUGGUGCAGUAAACUGCACUUCACUGUGUUUAUGCAUGUUCUCAACACCAGUUCUCAACAGCGGACAGGGGAAAAGAUAGGGGCUUUUUUUUUAACACUAUCUCUUUAGAUAUUUCACUAUUCACUUCUCCGUUUGAGCUGUUUAUGCUUAUAAUGUGGAGGGAGAGGUAGGAAAACAAAGAGGAAAAAAUAUAAUUUAGCAUCUUCUGUAAUGUUAAAAUCUGUAGUCUUCAAAUUUUAUGGCACUCCUGCAUGAAAGCAAUAAAAAAAUU